UGGGUCAGAGGAGGAGGAGGAGUGUAUGUCGACUACAGAGCACAUGAACAGAGACCGGAGCUGUGGACUCACAGGUCUAUACUGAGACACUACUGACUUACUGGAGUUGGUACUACAGGACUUCCAGACACACUACUGAAACUACUGGAGUGUUGAACUGAAUCUGAAACGGAACAGAAUCAUGUACUGCACUUCCUAUCCUGUCUCUGCCGGGACCACCAGCAAUAACCUGAUGUAUUGCUACGUCAAAUCGGUUUACGAUCAAUCUCCAAGUCACCACGACCUCAACCCUGACUCCUCCUCACACCCCUCCUCCUGUGGCGAACAACAGGGGAUUGACAGUUCACCUGACAUGUGGAGCUCCAAUGGAAUGAACCAGGCUGGCUAUGGAGCAAUGGGAGGGGCUUCAGCCCACCAAUCAGGAAGCUACAGUAACCUGCAACCGUCACACAAUCACCUGGUCUAUUCUCCCCAUUCAGUCUUACCUGUAGAGGUGAACAGGGGUCUUCCUCCUAUGUCUACCUUCCACCGUAACAACCCUGCUUCAUCUCACUCCCUGUCAGCCAACAGCUCAGAGAACACAACAGGACACCCGUCUACAGGAUGGUCUCAGACCGGAGCAGCCCUGGGGAAAACACUGGCUUCUAUGUAUUCUCCUGACUACACUAGCAGCAGUGAAAUCUCCUCCACACCAGAGAGGUCUCCAUCCCCACACACAGGGUCGGCAACGUGUCCCCCAGCUAACCAGGCCUCUCUCUCCUCCAGCUACCAGGCCUCCCCUAUAUCACUGUCUCAGUUGGAGAAUCGUCUAGACAGAUUGGAUGAUGUGAUCUAUGUGCUGCAUAACCAUGCGGCAGGACCCAUCCCCAGCCUGCCGUCUGACAUCCACAGCCUGUUGAACCAGGCUAACCAUGGACACAGAACCACCAUGGCACAUGACACAGCCAUGGUAGAGGCUGUCAAUCUGAACAACAACAACCACCACCCUGUGUUGCAGAGCCGUUCACACAACAACCAAGGCCACUCCUUCCCAGCGGGUCUUCCUGCAGGACUUGGUGGCUUGGAGCUGAAGUUGGAGGGUCUGGAGAAAGAUGAGCAGUAUGAGCUACAUCACAGCCAUCACUACCAGGGUCACAGACACAGCCACAGCUCUGACAGCCACAGCCAGCGCUCCGACGAGGAGAGCGUGUCACACAAGACGCAAGGAGACAGCAUGACCAGCAGCAUCCAUGAGGAAGAGGACAACCUGAGUCCGGAGCAGAAGGCUGAGCGGGAGCGGGAGCGACGGAUGGCCAACAACGCCCGCGAGCGCCUUCGUGUCCGUGACAUCAACGAGUCUUUCAAAGAACUGGGUCACAUGACCCAGCUGCACCUGAAGAGCGAGAAGCCCCAGACCAAGCUACUUGUUUUACACCAGGCCGUGGCUGUAAUACUUAGUCUAGAACAACAAGUCAGAGAGCGUAACCUGAACCCUAAGACAGCCUGUCUGAGGAGGAAGGAGCAGGUGAAGAUGUCAGCUGGGUUAACAGAUGCCCAGGGCCUGCAGCAACACCAGGCAUCACCACAUCCUGGACUAGACACUGCUAACCCCAUGGGACAUCAUGCCUAAACAUCUAAAACAGAUGAAGUGUGGAAAAGGAUCAUCCUGAGAUGGUGAAAGACCAUCCAAUGACAUUCAGUGUUAUCUCUGGGAUCCAGUAGCGAAGAAACAUAAGGAUUUUCGUUUGGGGGGGGACAACCUAAAGUGUUACAGCAGCUAAUUAAUCACGACAGUAGUGACAAUUUCCUCCUGAUCGACUUUCACUUGUGCCUAAACUUACUUGUAACCAGCAAAUGUUUUGUACAAAAUGUUUUUAUAUUUGUUAGUACAGUGAAUGAAAAAUGUACAGUGGAAAAAAAAAAACACAA